CGUGUUGAUUCCGCAGUCUUCCUCAAAAGCUAGAUCACAAGUUAACUAUCCGAAGAGAGCUGACCUUUUCACGUAGUUUGAAAGAAAAAAAAUGCGUUUGCAAUUUUCGUUAUUGGUUGUCGUGAUCGUGGUGUAUGUCAACGCUGCUGCCAAAAACAGCGUGUCAGAAGCAAUCAGUUUUUAUCCGUUCAAAAAUUAUGCGUACAACGAGCCUAAUAACGCGGAAGAUGUUCGGCAGCAGAUGUUGACUAUGUCGUUCGUUAUUCCUGCAAUAGCUUUCCCUACGCGGCUAACGGUCCUCGAAACAUUGACGUCAACUUCAACUAUUUACUGCACGAAAUCGGUGAAUAAUCGUUGCAGUAAUCGCCGGAGAACUCAGCGACCAUGGCGCAGCGGCCGACCGUCAAUGGCACCAAACAAAAAUGCUGGAACAGAAAGGAAAGACGAGCUGCUCAGUUUCGCGUUAGAGGGAGGCAAUUACGAAGAGCAAUUCCCCAUUUUGCCGUCUGCUGUUCAAAGAUUCGAGACUACAGCGUUGCCAACAAGAGAGACCCGUGCUGCCGAUCCCCAGUUGUUUUUGGUGGCUUCGAAAUAUUACGACCCAAAAAAUCGGGACGGAGAAACAGGUUUUCGCAGCGACGAUUACAAUUUUGAUGCUACGCCCUUCAACAAGCAGUAUGCACAAUUAAACAAUGCCCAUCGCCAGCUGUUUCUGCAAAAUAUGUGGACAGUUACAAGAAAAACAACCGUCUUCGAAAUAGCGAUUUUCAAGUCGACACCGGCCUGUUCAACAACUGGUACGAUCCCGCAAUGUCCACCAGAGAACCACCUCCGAAGUCGCUGGGAAUGAACAAUUACAUUUAAUAUUUAACUGGUUGGCAACUGUUUUGCAAUGAGGGAAACAAGACAUUUUUGUUUUUUUCAUAUUUUUGCUCCUUUUUCUACGAGGCCAUGUCGUUUCUUAUUCAUUUGCAUCUGGUAUUUGUGAAUCGCCGAUCAAGCAGUUGAUUUGAAAUGUGUGUAACAUUUUUCGCGAAAAUAUUACAUUCUGUCAAUCAA